ACAAAACAUUCCUUGAGUGCUACUAAAAAAUUAAGUAAAAGAUACAAAUAGAUUAGGGGGAGAAGCAAUCAAUAAAAUCCACCGACAUAUUAUUGCAUCGACAAAUGAUAAAAAAACAAUAAAUUACUCCCAUAAUCACGCGUCUUUACACAAACAUACCCUCAUUUUCUAUUUAUAAUUCCACUGCAAAUUCAAUUUCUUCCAUUUUCCCCGAAACUUGAGAACAAAUCGUACAAUCUUCAUCUUUCUCUUCAAUUCUUUUCUCUGAAAAUUAACAACAAUGCAGUUAUUCUACUACUUCGUUUUCGGAUCCUUAGCUGCAAUUGUGGUAGCAAUUGAGCUUAGCAAGAGCAAAAAAGAUCGUAUCAACACUUCCUCUGCUUUCAAUUCCUUCAAGAACAAUUAUAUCGUCGUUUAUUCUUUAAUGAUGGCUGGCGAUUGGUUGCAGGGUCCAUACGUAUACUACCUUUAUAGUACAUAUGGCUUUGGAAAAGGGGAGAUAGGACAACUAUUUAUUGCUGGUUUUGGUUCCUCCAUGUUGUUUGGGACAAUUGUCGGAUCUCUGGCAGACAAACAGGGCCGGAAGCAAGCUUGUGUGACUUAUUGCAUAACCUACAUCCUUAGUUGUAUCACUAAACAUUCUCCCCAAUACAAAGUUCUGAUGCUGGGUCGUGUACUAGGAGGCAUUGCUACAUCACUGCUCUUCUCUGCAUUUGAGUCAUGGCUUGUUGCAGAGCACAACAAGAGGGGCUUUGAACAACAAUGGCUGUCUAUAACUUUCUCAAAGGCCAUAUUUCUUGGGAACGGUCUUGUCGCAAUUCUUUCUGGAUUGUUUGGAAAUCUGCUGGUGGAUACGUUCGGGUUGGGGGCUGUAGCUCCCUUUGAUGCUGCAGCAUGCCUUCUUGCAAUAGGUAUGGCCAUCAUUUUAUCAUCAUGGACCGAGAACUUUGGAGACCCUUCGGAGAAUAAGGAUUUGCUUUCACAGUUCAAGGGCGCUGCAGUGGCCAUUGCUUCCGAUGAGAAAAUAGCUUUACUUGGAGCCAUCCAAUCAUUAUUCGAAGGUUCUAUGUAUACCUUUGUAUUCCUUUGGACCCCUGCAUUGAGCCCAAAUGAUGAGGAGAUUCCACAUGGGUUUAUUUUUGCGACUUUCAUGCUUGCUUCAAUGUUGGGAAGCUCUAUUGCAGCUCGGCUUCUGGCUCGUUCUUCUCCCAGAGCGGAAAGCUAUAUGCAAGUAGUUUUCUUCAUCUCUGCUGCCUCUCUCUUGCUACCGAUUGUGACAAAUUUCCUCUUCGAUCCUUCAGAGGUGAAGGGUGGUGGCAUUUCAUUUUCAGGUUGCAUCCAGGUUAUCGGUUUCUGUGUUUUUGAAACAUGUGUAGGAAUAUUCUGGCCAUCCAUUAUGAAGAUGAGGUCUCAGUAUAUUCCAGAGGAAGCUAGGAGUACUAUCAUGAACUUCUUCCGCAUUCCUCUUAAUAUCUUUGUCUGUGUUGUGCUAUAUAACGUUAACGCUUUUCCCAUCACGAUCAUGUUUGGCAUGUGCUCAAUCUUCCUUUUCAUGGCUUGUAUACUACAGAGGAGACUCAUGGUUAUUUCUGAAAAACCCAAGGCGUAUGAACUCAAGGAUAGAGAUACUGAAGCUGACCCGUUGAAUAUCUGAGCAUGGAGAGGUAUAGGCGACACAAAUAGCUGUUAAAUCCAUUCAAAGCCGAUCUAGCUAUAAGUUGUUAGGACAUUGGUACUUAUUAGGAUCAGUUUUACUGCUCCACUUGUGAGUAAAAGUAUACGAACACACAAUAUACUACAGCUCUUUCAAAAGCCUACUGCAGCUAAUCUGCACGGCCGCUCAACAUCAUUACGAAGCAAUUCUUUGACCCUGUAUUCGUUACCUCCCUCAUGUCGACGAGGUUAAAAAAAGGAUGGGAAUUUAAUGUCUAUUUUUGUUCUCUAGGCUUAAUAUUGUUUCUCAGUUAAUAUUUUUUCAUAGAUUGUAUGGAGGUAAAAGAAAUUCUUGCUAGGACAUUUGGAGCAAUUGUUAAUGAAAAUGGUGGUUGAUGUGUGUGGUUUUGUGAUCUAGAGCAAUUGCCAAGUUCCCAUUUGUAGCUUAUCUUAGUUAUCUUGUACUUGUGUGGAAUAGUUUGUUGUGCACUUGUGCUGAUUGAUCACAAACAGGAUUUCUGUUAAUACUUAAUACCAUGCAACUCGAUUCAUCUCG